AUGUCUGAAAAAGAGAAGCUCAAGUUUGCAAAUUCUUUCUAUUUUUACUUAACUCUCAGGUUUUUAGCUAUUGUAAGUUUUUUUUAUUUAAAAAUAAUUUCUACCGUUAAUUUUUAAAUUUCAAGCUUUGUUGUGUAAUUGUAUUAUGUUGUGUUGGACUAACUCAAUAUUGGACCAAUAAAACAUCGGCCAUUUUUGGGAUGGUGAGUUUUAGAGGGGAAGGGCGUGAAAUGAAACAAUAUUCGAGAAAAUUCCUAGAGUUGGAACAAAAUGUUGAAAUUAUUUAAACAUUGUAUUUAUUUUUGAAAAAUAGUCCUGAAAAAUUUUAAGUUUCGAAAAUCCUUUUUUUUUCGACGUUCGAAAUUCCAAUGUUCAUGACAUUUUCAAAAAGUUUUACAAACUGGAAAGACGAUACCUACAGUAACCCUUGACACAUCGGAACAUUUCACGAAAUCUAGGCUCUCAAAUUGAAAAACAGUUGUAAUAACCACAAAAAUCUAACUUUUUUGCAGAUAUUCGUAAUUAUUUCACUUCUAUUUAUCGGUUCCUCAAUUUCAAUUUUAUUCGUCUGGGAUAUUCGAAAAUCCACAUUAGUCAAGGUUAUUUGAUUCAAGAUUUCUCAAAAAACCUAUAUUUUUAUAUUCAGAGAUGCCUUUUCGUUUUCGUAUCAACUUUGUCAAUUCUAAUCGCAGGAAUAAUGUUUUUAGUUGCAAAUGAUGGAUGCGAUCAAAAAUUGCGAACUCAAUUCGGAUGUUAUGAGAAUACAUCAACUGGAACAUUUUCAGUGCCAGCGGUUAGUUAGAAAAAAAAAUGGGAAUUUGAAUUAAAGCCAGUCCCCAUUUUUUGAAAGAUUUCCUGAAUCGUGAUCCCAUUUUUUCGACUGUUCUAGAAAAAUUGAACUUUUCCUUUUUCAAAACUUUACUACAGUAAUUUGGUUUUUGUUUAGGCGUUUUGUUUCAUAAUUUUGGUUUUUGGUAUAAUCGACAUUGGUUUGAACAGCUUUUUCUAUUGGCGAGAAUCGAAAAAAGAUCAUAUUUAUGAUAUUCCGCCGGCAAUUCAACCGAUCUCAAUAAUUGAUACUGAAAAGUGAGUCGGUUUCGAAAGGCUUCAUCUUGAAAUUCUGAUUUUCAGAUCGAUUCAUGAUUUAUACACAGAAUAUCAACGAAAAGGCCAAACAACUUCGGUUUAG